AUGGUCAUAAGCGUCGACAUUCUUAACUGUACGGUCCGAAAAGACUCUAGGGCUGACAUCUUAUACUACAAUACUUUCAAGCAACUUGGCAUAUUAGAAGAUGAAUUGAAAGAGUAUCAUGAACUACUUGUCAGUUUCUCUAGGGAACGAGUGGAGACUCAUGGCUGUAUUGAUCUAUACACUUCAUUCGGACCAGAACACGAAGGAAAGAGUAUCAAGGUCACUUACCUAGUGGUACAUGCAAAUACUUCAUAUAAUAUACUACUCGAUCGACCAUCCCUUAAUAAAUUAAAGGCCAUAGUACCCACUCCUCACUUGGCUAUGAAAUUUUCAUCCGAGAAGGGCCGAAUCAUGAUCGUUCACUCCGAUCAAAAGAUAGCCAGAGAAUAUUUGGACAUGCUAGGAAUAAACCCUGAAUUCCCGUGUCACCAUCUAUCAGUUUACAAGGGCAAAACCAAUAGUACAGAAAAAAAAAAGAUAGGGGGAGAGCUAGCACAAGCUGUUCAGGAAGAAACGACCAAAUUAUUACAAGCUGGUUUUAUCCGAGAGGUAAAAUACUCUACCUGGUUUACCAAUGUAGUGAUGGUAAAAAAGGCUAAUGAAAAGUGGAGAAUGUGCACUGAUUUUACUGAUCUAAAUAAAGCAUGUCCUAAGGAUGUCUAUCCUCUUCCCAACAUUGACAAUCUGGUCGAUGGCGCUCGGCCAUAA